ACCGAGACCCUUCCAGUGUCGGUGUGGCGCAGCAUCUCACUAAUACUGUUUUUAUUGACAGAGCUUUGAUAGUAGUGCCAUGUGUGGAAGGGGUUUUGAUGGAAAUUCUCCAAGUUGGGCCAUUGGCUAUUUCUGAUUCCUCUUACAAGUAUUUGCCACAGGUGACUGGUUGUAUCACUCACUAAACCACUAGCGAGCUAACGUCUCGUAGAUCCCAGCUUUAUGUUUGGUGUCACAAGGUGAUUCAACAGAAAACAUGUAGAUGUUGAAUGUUGUAAAGCUGCAGCACAAUGUUUAGGGUUAACCUCACUGUAAACGCUGGUUUCAGUGAGGUUCAGUGUGUAGUUUCCAUAAGAAACAAGUUCAUGGCAGCAGCUCUAACAUAAUCCCCUUUCUCUCUCUCAUUUUUGGUGCUCUUCUUUAAACCACCCUAUCCUUUGGUGCAAGCCCCGUUUCCUUGUGUACAAAAAUGAUAUCACCUCUAACUUGUUGAUUUUUGUCCACGUGACUUGGUGCUGGAUGGCUACUGAAUUUAUUAAUUUGGUUUUGUAUGUUUUUUCUGUGAUUAUGUGUGCAUAUCAGAUGACUAGACUGGCCCAGCUGUUACACUACACUAGCCUGAGUCAGGCAUUGUUUUCCAAGCCACUAUCCCCGAUCGGGCCAACGCAGCCUUCAAGGGGGGAAUGUGACCAGGAGAAUAGCCCGCUGAACCUUCCAAGAUGGACACCUUGUCUCUUUUUAUUUACUUUUCUUUUGGUUUAUUUUCUUUCAUACUUUCCCAUGUUGUGCACUCUCUGCUGUCUCUAGAAACUACUACAGUAUUGCUAUUCUCUAGCGUUGUGUUUAUAUUUGUUAUUUUGGUUUGUUGUUUUGAUUAUUGUCCAACCCCCACCCCCCUCUGUUUUUCUGCUACAGCUGCAGCUUGUGUGUGAUUGAGUUCUGUCCAGGUUGCUACGGCAUACCGGUGGGAUAUGUAUCACACAUGGGAUGCUAGAAGGAUCACUAACACUUUACUCUCUUGUCUCCUACCCCGGUUGAGGUAGUGAGGGACUAGACGUUAUAAAAGUGAGACUAAUAAUCAUAAAAAUAGAGUCUUUUAAGAUCUAUUUUUCACUUUGGAUCUGGAGUGAUUUAGGGGGUUUCCUAAUUACUACACUACAGCUUUGAUAGGGAUGUUGAGUAUUUAAUAACAACGCAGAUCCAUUUAACAUGGUUUUCUCUUUGUACUUCCAAAUUCAUGACACAUGCAUUAUUGUUUUGCGUCGUAAUGUGUUGAAAUAUAUUUCCUAGCACUAAGAAACUUUUCAUAUAGGAUUAAGUGGUUAUUCAUGCUCAGUGACUCCAGCUACAAUUAACUGAAUUUUGUAGCUAUUUAGUCUUUUGUUAGUCUUAACCUCGCUCUCUUCUCCAGGAACAAUAGCAGCAGAUUUUAAUCCAGAGUGGAAUCCUAAUCCGUUGUUAUUUAAUAGCUAAGUCUUGGCUAACAUUUCAUACACUUCUUAAAAUUGUUGUUUUUUUCUGUAUCUGAUGUUCUGUGUGCUAUUAGUGAUGCAGCCAUUGGGGUUGUCUUGUGUUGCACACCUUUCCAACACUGCGAAACGAUCGCCCUACGGAAAAGCGCCCAUGCUUGAUAUCGUAUGGUUCAUGACCAAUAUGUUUCCAGUACAGGUGACCCAUGCAUCAAAGUGUUGACUCAUUCUCUGAAUUGUUUUUUUUCUUCUUCUUUUUUUUUUUGAGCUAUGAAAAGAGACAAAAGUUAAGAUUUUGCACUUCAUUGAAAAUAAUAAUUCAGAUUGACUGGGAGAAAUAAUUAAAUAAAAGCACAAUAGGGAUGCUCGGUCUCCAGUAUACCAUGAGUAGACAGUAGAGCACCUGUAGGCUGUAUGGGGAAAUGUAUGCUGUCUUUCUCUCUGGAAUACAGUGCAGACAUAGAGGAGACAGAGAGAAGAGUCCCUCUAUUGCCUUCACUAAUACAGACUUCUGUUUUACAGGGAAAAUCCCAGAAGAAGCCAAGGCCUUGUCACUUUUGGCACCUGCCACUCCAGUGCCCAGUCUGAUACCUGGCGGGGGACUGCUACCAAUUCCUACUUCAGCUCCGCUUCACAAUCUGAACCUUCCCUUAGUGAAUCGGGUGUCAUCUGGUCUUGACGCCGCAGCAUCAGUGCACUCACAGCCCCCCCUCAUGGGAAAUGUGGAUCCAUCGAAAAUCAAUGAAAUCAGGAGGACCGUCUAUGUUGGCAACCUAAACUCACAGACCACCACUGCAGAGCAGCUCUUGGAGUUCUUCAAGCAGGUGGGAGACGUAAAGUUUGUGCGAAUGGCCGGAGAUGAGACUCAGCCAACACGUUUCGCCUUCGUAGAGUUUGUUGAGCAGGAAUCCGUCGCCAGAGCCCUGACCUUCAAUGGAGUCAUGUUUGGGGACAGACCCCUUAAGGUUAAUCAUUCCAAUAAUGCCAUAGUAAAACCCCCAGAGCUGACGCCACAGGCUGCUGCUAAGGAGCUAGAAAGUGUGAUGAAGAGGGUGAGGGAGGCCCAGUCUACCAUUGCUGCUGCCAUAGAACCAGAGACAAAGAGGCGUUCCUCCAGUCGGUCUAGAAGUUUGCGCUAUUCUUGCUCGAGGUCGCAUUCGAGAACACGCAGGAAAAGGUCCCGUUCUAAACACAGAACAUCACAAAGGUCGUCGUGGCCUGCGGUUGACUCCCACAGUGCCCGAGGCAGCCACAGGAGGCGCUCUCACUCCAGAGACAGGAGGCGCAGUCAGAGUCGCUCAAGGGGCCACAGGAGGAGGAGUAAGGAUCAAUCGAGGAGCCCUCGGAGGAAAGCAAGGUCACCAUCUCCAAAAAGAGGUAAAAGAGACAAGAGGAAGGAGCGCAGCAGAGACAGAAAGGACCGCUCCACAUCCAGGAAGAGGGGCCGCAAAGACGAGGACAGGACAAAGAUCAAGGCCAAGCCAGUGAAGAUGGAAAGGGCCUGUGACAGAGAAGACAAGGCGGACUACGAGAGUGACAGAGAGGACUCGGCCACGCCCAGUGAGGACAUGGAGUCGUCCCCCUUCGUACAGCACAACGGCAGCUACAAGACUAACAGUGAGGAGGACACGUCUGUGGGCGCAGAGGGCACCAAGUGACUGUCACAACACUAUGAAAACUGAUUUUGUUCCCUAGGUGGUUUGAGCGCCCACCCUGUGUGCACACAUACAGAAACAGCCAUACGCUGUCAUUUGUAAAAACAUUCUCUUUGAUAAAUUACAUCUUUUGCAACAAUUCAGUAACCGGUUUGUCGUUCUCCCUCCUAAAGGGCAAGUGAGCACUCGGCAUGGCGGAGAUAGACGCCUUGAAAUGCAGAUUAGAAGCGUGCAGUUGCUGCUGAGACUCACCACAGUCCAUCGCCACAGAACCAGUGAUGCCUCUGCUCAUUUGUCCGACGACUAGCAACUUGUCAGUGGAUUUGUCUCUCACGUAGAAGAAUUUUUAAAAAAGUCGCUUUCCAUUUCUAGUGACAUAUGGCCUCUAAGAUUCAGUAUCGGUGUAUACUGUAGUACGUUUGCCAUGCCCUUAAGAUAUGUAGCAACGAUCUGCAUCAACGGUAAAAACAAAAGAACGUUUACAUUAUCCUUCAUUUAUUUGCAAUCAUGUUUAUAGUGUGAGCUUUUAGCUUUGAACCCUUCCAUGCACAGCAUUCACCAUAAAACAAUAUCUGGUUGUUUCUGACACUUGAUGGUGACGAGGAUUCAGGUUCAACACUAAGUGACUUACAAACAGCAGAAUUAGAUCUGAGGGAUGUUCUUUAUCAUUUUAUGAAUCUAACUGAAUCUUCCUACUCACAGUUGGCUGAGAGAACAGUGGUGCCUGUUAAAGCACGAGACCAGGGCUUUAAAAGAUGAAUAAAAAUAAAUCAUUCAGUCUAUUUUCACGUUCCGUUCUGUAUUUAGACUUAGAACUCGU